UCUAGAUAGGACUGACUUGAAGUAAGAUAUUUAUCGGCAAUGUGACAUAUGAACGUCUCCCCCUGUGUUCUCCAGGUGUCUGCUGUGAACAUUGUUACAUAUGAACGUCUCCCCCUGUGUUCUCCAGGUGUCUGCUGUGAACAUUGUUACAUAUGAACGUCUCCCCCUGUGUUCUCCAGGUGUCUGCUGUGAACAUUGUUACAUAUGAACGUCUCCCCCUGUGUUCUCCAGGUGUCUGCUGUGAACAUUGUUACAUAUGAACGUCUCCCCCUGUGUUCUCCAGGUGUCUGCUGUGAACAUUGUUACAUAUGAACGUCUCCCCCUGUGUUCUCCAGGUGUCGGCUGUGAACAUUGUUACAUAUGAACGUCUCCCCCUGUGUUCUCCAGGUGUCUGCUGUGAACAUUGUUACAUAUGAACGUCUCCCCCCGUGUUCUCCAGGUGUCUGCUGUGAACAUUGUUACAUAUGAACGUCUCCCCCUGUGUUCUCCAGGUGUCGGCUGUGAACAUUGUUACAUAUGAAUGUCUCCCCCUGUGUUCUCCAGGUGUCGGCUGUGAACAUUGUUACAUAUGAAUGUCUCCCCCUGUGUUCUCCAGGUCUCAGCUGUGAACAAGUACGACCCUCCUCUGGAGGUGGUGGCAGCCAAGGAGCACAUGAGUCACAUGGUAUACCAGCUGAUGCAGCCCCAGGUCAUCUACGAUAGCACCCUGCCCAGUCUUGACUCUCCCUACCCCAUGCUGGUGUUGACUGGGCCCCAGGCUUGUGGGAAGAGAGAGCUGGCCCACAAGCUCUGCCGAGAGUUCAACGACUUCUUCGCCUACGGAACCUGCCAUACCACCAGGGGUCCCUACUUUGGGGAGGAGGACGGGAGCGACUACCAUUUUGUCACGGAGGAAGACUUUCAGAACAUGAUUCACAUGGGUAAAUUCCUCCAGACGAUGCAGUAUGCGGGCCACUGGUAUGGUCUGUCUCGUGAGGCCAUAGAAGACGUGGCCAGGGAGGGCCUGGCCUGCUGUGUGCACAUGGAGCUGGAGGGCGUGUUCAGUCUGAAGAACAGCCACUUUGAGCCGCGUUACGUCCUGAUGAUCCCCACAGACAAGGAGCAGUACGGCAGGCGGCUGAGGACCAGAGCUCUGUACACCCAGACCCAGAUAGAUAUGGCUGUAGCCCGCGUGGAUACAUACGUCCUGAUCAACAGAGAGCGCCCAGGCUUCUUCGACAACGUCAUCCCCUGUGAUGAGCCAGUGGAGGCAUACAGAACCCUGAGGCAGGUGGUGAAGGACUAUCUGGGAGUGGAGGAGCAGGGAGGAGAGGACCAGAGCACCACCACAGCAUCUGUGACAGAGUUGAAGAGGGACUCCCUAGUGGACGAGGCGUCCCCAGCCCCCUCCACCAGAACAGAGACAGUCUUUAUGUCUCACUCCGCUCCAGACAUGGACCCCUCAGACCACAACUGUAGGAAGUACUACAACAAGGUCCAGGCCCAGCUCACCCCACAGAAGACCUCAGCAGAGAUGGCCUCCAUCCACAGACGGCAGCAGCUGGUCAGAGAGGCUCUGAUGGGGAAGAGUCCCAAAGCCUACACCCAGCUCUUCAAGAGGUGUGUUCACACAGCUCCAUCAUCAUUGGCCUCUCAGAUGCAGCGGGACCCCACCCUCUCAUCCCCCAUGAUGCCUAGAGCCAGCCAUGACAGACAACACAACCACUCAGAGAAUAGCAGCUCUGAUGACUCCCGUGCUAGUUCUGGCCUGUCCAUUCCCAGCUCAGCAGGGGCCUUCUCAGAGACAGCAGGGCCAGCCGGGUGUUCAGACCUGGGCUUGGACACCACCGUGGAGCCCCUGGAUGUCUCCUCUCUGGGACACAACCUGGACAUGCUGAAAGAUCAAGUAGAAUCUGGCCACACUCCUGACGCCCCUCGCCCCGGCUCCGAGCUCCUCUCUCCGGGCGCCACCGCCACCAUGGCACGCCCAGGCUCCAACGCCAAACCCAUACUGCCACCUAUCCUGUCGGGACGCAAAACCCCCGGACCCAGCCCUAAGCCCCAAACCCUGAGACAGGAGAGAGAGGGAGAGGGAGAUGAGGAGUGAAGAGGUACAGGAGAGAGGAAGAGGAGGAGUGAAGAGGUACAGGAGAGAGGAAGAGGAGGAGUGAAGAGGUACAUGAGAGAAGAAGAGGAGGAGGAGGGAAGAGGUACAUGAGAGAAGAAGAGGAGGAGGAGGGAAGAGGUACAGAAGCGAGGAAGAGGAGGAGUGAAGAGGUACAGAAGCGAGGAAGAGGAGGAGUGAAGAGGUACAGGAGAGAGGAAGAGGAGGACUGUAGGGGUACAGGAGAGAGGACGAGGAGGAGUGAAGAGGUACAGGAGAGAGGGAGAGACAAGUAGAUGCUCCAUUCAAGAGUUGAAAGGUCACACAGAAUGAACAAUGAUGGACACAUUCACCUGUCUUUUCUGAAUAAAGACGUACCUGUGUGUUAGCUGGUCCAGAUGGAGUCAUUCAUUUACUAAUAAUAUAGUCACAGGACAGAAUAAUUAGAAUGUAAGGACAUUACACCAAAUAUAAUGAUUCCCUGCUUCAACUUGACUCAAACCGAAACAUACAUUAUAAUACAUUUAGUCAAUGACAUGUGCCAAACUCUUGACUUCUCAGUCUUGCUAUUGGGCUCCUGAAUGGCGCAGCGAUCACUGCAUCUCAGUGCUAGAGGCGUCACUACAGACCCAGGUUCGAUUCCAGGCUUUAUCACAACCUGCCGUGAUGGGAGUCCCAUAGGGUGGCGCACCAUUGGCCCAGCGUCGUUAGGGUAUGGCCGGAGUAGGCCAUCAUUUUAAGUAAGAAUUUGUUCUUAACUGUCUUGCCUAGUUAAAUUAAGGUUUAAUAAAUAAAAUAUUGACUAUACAAUCUAUUGUUGUUGCUAUAACCUGUACUGCAAUGCAGAAAGAUAUCCUGGACAGUCACCCAUUAAUAAAGAUGAUUACAGUAUAAUAAGAUAAUUGAGCCGUUCUUCAAUC